AUGCCAUCCAACUCUAAAUACUCGCAGGACCUUAGCGUAGCCACCGUCCGUUGCGAUCUUGAGACCAAGAGAGAGGUCGACUACGGUGACCCUGUCUAUCGGGAGAAUCUCCGAUUAGCUCUACUUGAAAGGCUCCAAAAGAUGGACGACUACGACACGGUUUCAGAGAAGACCAUUGGCAAGACAGAUUGGCAAAGAUUGACCAGAUAUUGGGAUCUGAGUGUGCCCAAGUCAAUGACGGACCAAAUGACCAGCGCGGAGAAGUCGUCAGUGUAUUCUGCCGCUGAUGCUCUCUCACCAGACGAGGGCUCUAGCAAGGGGUCUUAUACCGUUUCAGAUGCCACCAGAAACCAUCCGGAUUACAACCGGCUGUCAGAAGAGCAGAAGCGAACCCUUGCCGAAGUCGUUGGUUCGGUGCGCGGAUGGCGAUAA